UGUAAUACUGAAACUUAGCUUCUUACGUAUGAGUGUGCUUGUGAAUUAGUUACGUUUCUGCAUGAAUUAUAUUCUCUAGCAACACAAUAAACCUCAUUUAUAUGAUGACAAGAAUUCACGUGGAUAAGAUUUCAAGCUUUUACCAAAGAGUGUGAAGACAUGAGUGACUCUGACUGAUCCGGAGUGUUCUGGUUUACACUUUCCUCUCACUUUUCCUCCCUGUUGUUCUUGGCAUACCCGACAACUUAAUCCAUUCAUCUGGUAAUGUGCCAGGAAAGAUCACUUUCCAUCAGAUGGAGGGAAAUUUCACAUAUUUGCGGGACAGUGGCGAUCUGGCCACCUACGUACCUACCCUGGUUACUUUUGAGCUCUCUGACCCGAGACAUAACUUACAAUCUGUGGCUUUCACAUACACAUGGGGCCUGGGCAAUGGGCAAGUGUUUGAAGGCCCGGAUCCCUUUGUGCAGUGUAGAUACACCACACCUGGGAAUUAUACAUUUAAAUUAAGCAUUGGAAGCAACACAACCAAACAAUCUGGGCUGUACUCUAUAGAUUUGCAUGUGUUAGAUGCCAUACGGAGCAUUGAAUUAAGAGGACCAUUGAUUUAUAACGUGGACCAAAGCAGCAGUCUGUCCUUUCAUGUUGAAGGAAGUCCUCCUGUUUGGAUCUGCUGGAGGGUUUUAUCAGAUUGUCUCUCAUCCAGUCCAACUUCCUGUAAUUUAAUCAGGCUUUAUAAGAAUGUAUUCAAUUUGAACUACACCUUUACAUCAGUAGGUACAUAUUGCCUAGAAGUCAACGUAACAAAUGAUAUCAGCAACCUUCAGACAUCCUACAACAUUUAUGUGCAAAACAGCCAUGUGAAUCACCUCAUCUUUAUUUUGCCCAGUGCUGCUCUAAUUGUUGCAACCCUCAUAUUCAUCUCUGUCUCAGUGUGUUGUCCACAGGAAUCAUGUCUCAUGUGUAAAACACCGGAGGAAGAUGCGAAUGACGUGUCCUUUACAGACAUGGAGAUGCAUGGCAAGGAGGAUACAACCAUCUCCUUAAAGGAUAAUUGUAUUUUUUCAGUAUCUACCCAGACAAAUGAAGCACAGCCCUUACUUGAUCAGCAAAAUACUUCCUACAAUACUUAACCCUGUUAUUCCUUCCAGGUCGAACAUCCAGCUUUUUGUUUUAUCAUCUUUUUAAAAUCUAGCUAUUCAUAUUUCAGACCAAAUCAGAGGUGGCCAGUUUUGACUCAACACUGUUAUUCAGCACAAUGAAUCAAGUGCAUAAAAUGUGAACUUAUUGUUUCUCAAUUAUAGUUUUUCUCUGCUUCUGCUCUUUUUCUUACUAUUUUAUUUUAUAGUUAAGUAAGGUUGUACUCCAUACUAGUGUCUUUUAUUGAUGCCUUGAAAGGUUUUUUUGUGUUAAUAAUCAGUCUAUGUUAACUGUUUGAGGGGUUGAAUGGUAUUUAACAAAUGUGCUUUAAAAUACUUCAAUUUUUAAGUGGAACAUGAUGUACAACAAACACUGCUGUACAGAAUAUCAUAUGUCUUUGUUAAUGAUUAUGAGCCAGAGCUCUUCUCCAGAAAUAAAUGAGUCUGACCUGUUCCUGCUGUGAUGAUCAAUGGCAUUUGCCAUAUGCACUGUGUGGUAUCAGGAAGACACGAAAUACCUCUCUGUCCUAAAAGCUAUAUAUGUAAUGCAUCAUACUUCUAAUAACUGUGCCCUUUAGCUCAACAGUAUGUUCUUGGAAGUGUAAAAGAAGUUGUAAUGUGAAAGGACAAAGUAAAAGUUUUGUGAUGCUUUACCUAGAUCUAAAAAAAACAACAUUUGCCACGAGACAGUUUGGGCUUUUUACUUAAGA